CAGUCAAGGUUCCCCAGCAGAAUCAGCAGAACGUUCUCUACGUAUCAGAAGAAAGUAUGCUCUCGUUAGCUCUUCUUGUUUUGUGUUCUUUUGCGGGCAUUCAAAAUGCAAAUUCCGAACCGUCUUACCAGGUUUUUCUCUAUAAAAGGAGUAGUGCCGGAGGUCUUUUAGAUCGGAAAUGUUUUGGCAAUAUUAUUCAAAGCCACGUGAUAUUAACAGCAGCAUCGUGUUUAUUAAGCGGAAGUGGUAAUGGAUCAUUAUCGUCCAGGGAUCUGCUUAAUCCUGCAGAUCUAGCUGUAUCUGUGAAGGGGAAAGACUUUGAGGACUUAAUAUACCUUGUCAGUGAUACAGCCGUCUAUCCUCAAUUUAAUAAGUCCACCUUGGAGCACGAUAUUGCACUGCUGAUUUUAAAUGGGCAACUUCCGCUGUCAGAUCGCGAGGAUUUGGAGUGGAUCCUUCUGUCGGACUUUGAUGUAACUCGAGAGUUUGCAGUCGAACAUGGAGUAGAGUCUUUGGUGAGCACUCCUCUAGAUUCUGAUAUAGAGGUGUAUCCUGGAUAUGGAAUAGUUCAAGAAAGCAAUUUAGUUGGAAUUGUGUCACCCGAUAACAGCAAUGGACUCCGAAACAAGAUUCUAUUAAUCUCUCCCUACCUUAAUUGGAUAUACGGAAUUCUGCAAGAUGCCGAGCUUUCUGACAUGCAGAGCGACAAUUUCAGUAUAUCUCUUCCUUAUCGUCAGAAGAAAAGCACAGACCUAAUGAAUGAAAACAUAGAAACGGAAGCUGGAUAUUAUCGAAACUCAUCAGACCAAAUUACAAACAAUAUAACUUUUUGGAAACUUGUUCUUAUCUUUAAUUUACAGUACUUUUUUGUUAAACAUUUAUUUACCUAAUAUUUUUGUGU